CUGAAAGAGGGAGGUGGUAGUAAGAGUGUUACAAAUCACAGCACUCACUGCCUUCACAAGUCAGAGGAGCAGAUCUCUGUUUGGGUCUUGCAUGACGGAAAAACAAAAUCUUUGCUAUAAAAAGAGGAUUAGUUUCACGGACUGAGCGGUUGCAUGGAUGUUUCCCGUGAAAUCUGAGCAGCUAUGAUGCCAAACUUAGGAUCAAAGAAGAAAGACAAUCUAUCCAGAAUGGACAGAUACACUGAGGACCUGCCACAGUUGAGCAAUGAGAUGCAGCUGAGCAUCAUGAACAAGGUGAAGAAUGGAGAGCUGUCCAUCGAGGAUGCCCUAAACCAGGCCAGGGAGCAGCUGGUCCAACAGAAGAACCUGGCUAAAGAGGAACAUCAACCCUCACAGUGCAACUUCAGUGUCUACAAGCACAGCCACUACAGGUGGCAGAAGCGAGUUCUUCAGAUUGAUUUCAAGACCAAAAUGCUGUGCAGCAUCAGCAAAGGAAUCGUAAAGCGACAACUUCCCUUUUCCAUUGUCAAGAGUUGUGAUGAUGGAGUAGGUUCCAGGUUCUCCAUUUCCUUUAAAGGACAUCAUGAUUAUGAUUUGGAGGCCACUUCGCUGGAGGACAAACACAAGAUGAUGCAGCUUGUGAAUCAGAUCAUUUACGGGAACAUAUUCAAUGAUCCUGAAGAGGACGAUGCAGAAACAUUUCAGCAGCCUCAAGUGUCACAAAAUCUUCGGGAAGGUGUCUUGUUACUGCACAGAGGUGGCCUGGCAUCAUUCAGAUGGGUGAAAUAUGAGGUCCAGCUCCACCUAGGUCAGCUAACACUGAUCCCCUUCAGGGGACAAGGCCCCGCUGACGGCGAGGUGACAUCCACGGUGCCCGUUUCCAUCGUGAUUCACCUGUCAGACGGCGACACCAGCGUACAGAAACCUCACAGCUCGGACACUUUCACCCUGAUCACCCACAAAAAUGAGUACCAGUUCCGGGUGCCUGUACCAGAUCAAGCAUCUCCCCCUGAGGCUGUCCAGAGGGAGCGAGAUGCUUGGGUCCAGGCCAUUGACAAACUGUGCUCAGACUGGAAGAGGAAGUCAAAGGGCGAACAAAUGUUUGUGGAAACAAAGAGUCCCCAACAUCUCAGCAUAGCCGAAGACACAGAGGACACUGACACAGAUCUUGAGUCAAGCGGUGGAUUGGGUGGCAUAAAUAAAUAUCCUCCAGUUGAUUAUGAAAAUCCCACUUCUGGCAGUGGAGACAAUUCAUCAGCCGGUGACACGAGUCAAAGUCAUCCCCCGGCCGGUUUUAUCAAGCCUGUUCCUAAACCUCGCAGCACGAAGAACACUGCUGUUACCAAGCCUGAUAUUUUGCCUCCCGUGCCAUCACCAACCUCCCCCGGUGUCUUAGCCUCAUCUUCUCCCACCUCCCCUCAACCCUCACCCUCCAAGACUGCCCUCACAUCCUCUUCCAAAGUCCCAGAGACUCCUAACCACGAAUCGGGCUCGUCGGUUGUGAAAACGCCUGCACCGCCGAUCAUCCCGCCCCCCCCCCCGCCUUUAGCCUUCAAAUUCCCGAUGCAUUUGGGAAAACCACGAACCAAGGCUUUCCACUGGGACCUAGUCACCUCAGAGAAGAUUGCAAAAUCAUUUUGGGUACAAGAAAGCAGCAGGAGGAUUGAAAUCGACAUGUCGCGCUUAUAUGAGCAAUUUUCCGUUAAAGAUCCGGGGACAUUUGGCGCGGCUGAGCCGACCAACACGCAGCAUAUUAUGCUCAACCAGAAGAUUGCACACAACUUCAACAUUUUCCUUAAAAGUUUUCCAGUGAAACCGGGCGAGCUGAAGGACAAACUGUUCAUCGUUAAUGAGGAAGAUGGAGGCCUGUCUGAUGAGCACAUCACCUCUCUGAGGAGGUACGUCCCCACGUUGGAUGAUGUGGAAAUGUACAAAUCUCACAAGGGACCGGUGACAGAGCUGCAUAUUGUGGAUCAGUACAUGCUCGAGAUGUGCAACAUCCCCUGCCUGAACACGCAGCUUGACCUGCUGCUGAUUCUGAGAGAGCUUCCGAUCAGCAUGAACGACCUGCAGCCUCUGAUUAACCAGAAGAUCAGAAUGUGCACGCAGCUGAACAACAGCAGGUCAUUUGUUUCCGUGCUGGAGUACCUCCUCGCCAUUGGCAAUUACCUCAACGAGAACGCCAGGAAGGAAAAGGCCAAGGGAUUCCGCCUCUCCUCCUUAACUAAACUCUCCCAGCUCCGUGGGAGAGACAGGAAGUUCACCUUGGCCCACGCCCUUGUGGAGCAGAUCAUGUUGCAUGAACCGUGCCUGGCCACUUUUACUCAGGAGUUGGCAGAAUUUGAAACUGUCCCUGGAGCUUCCAUCAAAGGCCUGACCGCAGAAGUAGAUGUCCUGAAGAAUGAACUGCAGAAAGUCAUUCAGUACAGGAAAACCUCCAGGAAGAGAAAUGCUGGGGUUCACCCAAACUUCUCCAAAGACCUGAAGAUGGCAAUUGAGAAAUAUAACACGGAUCUCGCUGCACUGACGAAGACGUGUGAGGAGAUGAAGAAACUCUACUCCGUCAUUCUGGUUAAAUUCGGUGAACUGGCGGAUCAAGACUCUCAGGAACUCUUUGGGUUGAUCUGUCAGUUCAUCCACGACUUCAAGCGGGCCCAUGCUGAAAUCAUAUGACUUAUACUGUAUAGAGUACAUAUGAAAGAACACCUGAGACUGCAGUGAUGCUUAUUAAAACAAACCAAACAGGUCUUAUUGUCUUAGUCACAGUUCAGAGAGAUUAAGAUACAAAAAAACAAAACAGGAAAUAACUGUUAAUGCAGUAUUUGAUAUUGAAGAUAGAGUAACAUGUUGCAUGGAUUUAUAUUUUUAGUAGCAUAUUAUAUAUUUCUCCUGUGUUGUACAGAUAUUUUAUUUUAUAAUGGGUACUGGAUGCAAUUCAUUGUAUAUGACACACAUUAUGAAGUGUAUAGUCAUGCUCAUGCACAUGGAUAACAGGAUGUCAGUGGAAAUUAAUUUUGUGAAUAUAAAAUUGAUUUACGUAUGUUG